AUGGGGUGUGCUGUGCCCAUCGUCGUUACGCCCGCCUGCUCCCGUCGCUCGCCGGCUGGUGUCUCGCCAUAUACCCACCCGGGGUCGUGUCACGCCCCCGGUGCCGCCUCGCCCAUCCCACGUCGCUACGCCCACUCGGCCGGAUUGCCCGGCCGGCGUCGCGAGACCGGCCCAGUCCCCCGGUGCACACCCGCCUGGUGCUAUGACCUGCCCCCCCAGGCUCGCUGGUCGACCGGCGUCGAUGUACACCCAGCGCUGCUGGCCGCCCAGUCGGAUGAUUCGACUGGCGUCGUCGUCGUCCACUCGGUCUGA